CGUUCACAGCCAUGCUCUUCGAGAGUUUUGACCUUGUCUCGGCGCUGGCGACGCUGGCUGCGUGUUUAGUGUCCAUGGCACUUCUUCUGGCCGUGUCCCAGCAACUCUGGCAGCUGAGAUGGACCGCAACACGGGACAAGAGCUGCAAGCUGCCUAUGCCCAAGGGCUCCAUGGGGUUCCCCAUCAUUGGAGAAACAUGCCACUGGUUCUUUCAGGGUGCAGGUUUCCAUGCAUCAAGGAGGCAGAAGUAUGGGAACGUAUUCAAGACACACCUGCUGGGACGGCCGCUCAUCCGGGUCACAGGGGCAGAGAAUGUGCGAAAGGUUCUGAUGGGAGAGCACAGUCUGGUCACUGUGGACUGGCCCCAAAGCACCAGCACUCUACUGGGUCCCAACAGUCUGGCCAACUCUAUAGGAGUCAUCCACCGCAAAAGGAGAAAGAUCUUUGCUAAAGUCUUCAGUCAUGAGGCUCUGGAGACCUACCUGCCCAAGAUCCAGCAGGUCAUUCAGGAGACCCUGCGGGUGUGGAGCUCCAAUCCUGACCCCAUCAACGUUUAUCAGGAAUCCCAGCGACUCUCCUUCCACAUGGCAGUGCGUGUACUCCUGGGUUUCCGCGUCUCUGAAGAGGAGAUGCACUGUCUUUUCAGCACUUUCCAGGAUUUUGUGGAGAAUGUUUUUAGCCUUCCCAUCGACCUGCCGUUUAGUGGUUAUAGGAAGGGUAUUCGUGCAAGAGACUCACUCCAGAAAAGCAUAGAAAAAGCCAUCAGAGAGAAACCUCUCCACACACAGGGGAAAGAUUACACUGAUGCUCUUGAUGUGCUUCUAGAGAGCGCCAAGGAGAACAACACAGAGCUUACAAUGCAGGAGCUCAAGGAGUCCACUAUUGAGCUGAUCUUCGCUGCUUUUGCCACGACAGCCAGUGCCAGCACGUCUCUGAUCAUGCAGCUGCUGCGACACUACGAACACCCUGCAGUGCUGGAGAAGCUGCGUGAGGAGCUGCGGAGUUGCGGUCUGCUGCAUGAUGGCUGUCUGUGCCAGGGUGAACUGCGACUGGACAGCAUCAUUAGCCUCAAGUACCUGGACUGCGUGAUCAAAGAGGUCCUGCGUCUGUUUGCCCCUGUGUCUGGAGGUUACCGCAUUGCCACCCAGACCUUUGAGCUGGAUGGUGUACAGGUACCCAAAGGUUGGAGUGUCAUGUACAGCAUCCGUGACACCCACGACACCUCAGCUGUGUUCAAGGACGUGGAGGCCUUUGACCCAGACCGGUUUAGCCCAGAGCGGGGCGAGGAUCGUGAGGGCCGCUUCCACUAUCUGCCCUUUGGCGGUGGUGUUCGCUCCUGCCUUGGCAAGCAGCUGGCCACUCUCUUCCUCAAACUCCUAGCUGUGGAGCUCGCGGGAGGGAGCCGUUUCGAACUGGCCACACGGACAUUCCCACGCUUGAUUUCGGUCCCUGUGGUGCACCCCACCGACGGCCUUCGUGUAAAAUUCUUCGGCCUUGACUCCAAUCAGAAUCAGAUCAUGGCCAAAUCGAGUGAGAUGUUGGAUGUCACCGUGUGACAGACUGGGCAGAAAAAGGAACAGACUUCAUAUUCUGAGCUGUCACCUGAAGUUCAAAAGACUCUCAUUUGCCAAAAAUGUAUAGUCUAUCAUUUGUAAAGAAGUAUAUCAUAAAUAUAUAAGAUGAACUGAACAUAUUGCUACAUCAGGAGAGCACAAGAGGAAG